AUGAAGCUGAACGGUGGUAAUAAAAAAUUGCUCGUCGGAGAAUCCCAUGGAAUGUUGUCGGAUGAGACGAUUGCGGAAAUAUUCGAACAACUUGCGCCAAAGGAAAGGGCUCGGUUCUCUGUUAUCAAUAAACACUUGUAUAAUUUAUUACACCCGUGGAGUGAUAUCAAUCGUAUUACGGCACACAAAGUAGGCAUUGUUCUCGCUUCUGAUCGCUAUAUCCUGGAAGUACAUAAUACUACGGGAAAGACGGACGUUAAUAAAUUAACAAGCGCACUUCAUAAUUCUCCGUUUAUACAAAAACUUGUGAUCAGUAGUACGGACCAUAUUCGCACAAUUUCUGCAACAGCCUUCGACUGUUUAUCAAACCUUCGAGAACUUACUCUACCGUGUGAUAUUUUUGAUAAACAAUCGAAUUUGCAUGACAAAAUCAAAGCAAUAUUUUCAAUCAAGAGAUUACUCGUUUUACGUAUUUUGAAGCGGUUUGAUACUCCACGCAAAGCAAUGAAUAUAAUGCGUGCGGAACACGUAGAAUAUUUGCAAGCAAACGCUAUCAAAAUGUUAAAAUUACAGGGUGUGUCGUUAACUGGAGCUGCUAUGGAAAAGAUCUCCAACAAAUAUUCAAAUUCAUUAAAAUAUUUAUGCCUUAUGGGUGUCCUGGUACAUACGCCCGAUGGUGCCAUCUAUCUGAAAGCAUUGUGCAAUUUGAAGUGCUUGUGCAAAGUGACACUACCGCCAUCACUUCUAUCACUAAGCAGUAAACCAUUAUAUCAGGAAUGUCGAAUGUUGCAAAAACUCACUGCCAAAUACCUCUGCGUGUACGUUUAUGAAUCAGAAAUAGUUGAGAUACGAUAUUUUAUGAAGAAAUUAAUGCCGCUUACGUUAAGAGAAUUAUGUUUGCACGAUCCGACCCAUAUGGUGGCCAGCGAUUUGAAAAGCGAUGAAUUCCGGAAGUUACAUUUUAAGGUGACAUUUUGUAAAAGAACAGACUCACUGUAUCAGCAGGAAUGGAUGCAUGGUCACUGUGAGUUAUUGUCGCAUAUGGUUUGGGUGCAACCAUACAAACAUUUCAACACUGAAUAUCCACAUCCG